UGCUGGCGCUAAUAAUCAUCAGAAUCCAGCUGCUGAGGGCAGUAUGGAGAGAGGCAGCUGUUUAUUACGUUAUGCGAGCCAAAAUUCAUUGGAUGAAAGUUCUCAGAAACACAUACAAAGACCGAAUAGUAAAGAUCGUUGUGUGGGCCAAUAUCACAAUGAACUACAUACCACACGUUCCUUUGAAGCCAUGAACGAGAUGCGCAAACAAAAUCUUCUCUGCGAUGUAACCCUUAUUGCUGAAGAUAUUGAAAUACCGGCACAUAAAAUGGUCUUGGCAUCCUGCAGUCCAUAUUUUUAUGCAAUGUUUACAGGUUUCGAAGAGUCACGACAAGGACGUAUUACUUUACAGGGUGUCGAUCAUCAUGCACUCGAAUUGCUUAUUGAAUAUGUGUAUACAUCGACUGUAGAGGUUAAUGAAGAUAAUGUACAAGUUCUACUGACAGCUGCCAAUCUUUUACAAUUGACUGAUGUGCGGGAUGCAUGUUGUGAUUAUUUGCAAACACAAUUGGAUGCCAGCAAUUGUUUGGGUAUACGUGAUUUUGCCGAUAUGCACGGUUGUGUGGAUCUGGUGAAUUAUGCCGAACAAUAUAUUGAACAGCAUUUUAACGAAGUAAUUCAAUUCGAUGAAUUUCUUAAUUUAACAUCCGAACAAGUUAUCUCAUUAAUACGCAAUGAUCGCAUUUCGGUGGCCAGUGAAGAGAAAGUGUAUGAAUGUGUCAUAAAUUGGAUACGAUAUGAUCCGACCAUACGUGAACAAUACACUGCCGAUUUAAUGGAACAUGUCCGUUUGCCACUAUUGUCUAAGGAAUAUAUAGCGCAAAAUGUUGAUAAAGAACCUCUAUUGGAGGGUAAUAUUGUUUGUAAAAAUUUGAUUAUUGAAGCGCUGACAUAUCAUCUAUUGCCAAACGAAAUCAAGACACAACGUACAAUGCCACGAAAACCGGUAGGAUUUCCAAAAAUUCUCCUUGUUAUUGGGGGUCAAGCACCAAAAGCCAUACGCUCGGUGGAGUGUUAUGAUCUGAGGGAGGAGAAAUGGUAUCAGGCUGCUGAAAUGCCAAAUCGUAGGUGUCGUGCCGGCUUGGCUGUAUUGGGCGACAAGGUAUAUGCCGUGGGUGGCUUUAAUGGUUCGCUACGUGUACGAACUGUUGAUGUCUAUGACCCCACCACUGACCAAUGGUCUAACAGCAGCAGCAUGGAGGCCAGACGUUCCACUCUCGGUGUUGCUGUUUUGAAUGGUUGCAUUUAUGCUGUUGGCGGCUUCGAUGGCACCACCGGCCUUUGCAGUGCCGAAGUUUAUGAUCCCAAAACUGAAGUAUGGCGUUUCAUUGCCUCCAUGUCAACAAGACGCAGCUCCGUCGGGGUUGGUGUGGUAAAUGGUCUAUUAUAUGCCGUUGGUGGUUAUGAUGGUUUUACGCGACAAUGCCUCUCCUCGGUGGAACGUUAUAAUCCAGAAAAUGAUACCUGGUAUCCGGUGGCUGAUAUGUCAGCCAGACGUAGCGGUGCCGGUGUUGGUGUUUUGAAAAAUAUUCUAUAUGCUGUGGGGGGUCAUGAUGGACCAAUGGUAAGGAAAUCGGUGGAGGCAUAUGAUCCCGAAACAAAUCAAUGGCAUUCGGUGGCGGAUAUGUCAUUUUGUCGCCGCAAUGCUGGUGUUGUUGCCCAUGAUGGUCUACUCUAUGUUGUUGGUGGUGAUGAUGGUGAUUCGAAUUUAUCCUCCGUUGAGGUUUAUAGUCCCGAAACAGACACCUGGAGAAUUUUACCCGCCGCCAUGACCAUCGGACGCAGUUAUGCUGGUGUGUGUAUGAUAGAUAAACCCAUGUGA